CUCUGACUCCGCAGCAAGAACAGUACGUGCACGGACGCCGCCGUCGUCAACCUCCGCCCCACCAGGCCUGGAACCUACGUCAUCAGGGUGACGUGCCAGAAUCACGUGAGCUCUGCGACGUCGCCAGAGUUGGCGCUUCGUCUCGUCGAGCGGGUGACCAACCUUCACGGGAUUGUCGUCCUCGGACCAGUGCUGGUGUCUCGGCCCACGCGGCUUCGAGCCAUUCACACGACCGGCAGCAACUUGACCUUUGUGUGGAACUUCGGAGACGGUAGCGCUCCGGCAGUGGUCACGGACAAUCCCGAGGUGUCGCACAGGUUCACCAGGGUCCGGGAGUACUGGGUCAAGGUUGUCGCCUACAAUGUCUUCAGUCGCGCCGAGUUUGAGACGAACGUGUUCGCAAUGUUGCAGCCGUGCAACAAGCCCGAAAUUCGCAUCAACCGCCACACAAAGGUUCGUUUCGACGAAGUCGUGUUCGUGGAGGCGACCGUGAGUACGUGGUGCCCCAUCUCGACCAAGGUCCGCUACUCGUGGACAGUCCUCAACGCAACGCGGUCGCACGUUGUAUUCGAGCAGCACGGAAGUGGCGCCCUCUCCCGAAAGGACCUUGUCCUCCCUGCGGGAACACUGCCCAUCGGCCGGUACCUCCUCGCGCUCAAAGCUCGCAUGGUGCCGACGUUCGUGUACGCCGUCGAGAACGUGACCUUGACCGUGGUGCCUUCUCCGGUGAGCUUCAGCAUAGCUGGGGGCUCGUGGCGAACCAUUGGCCAGUCCGCGGUCGUCAUCCUCGAGACCGAGCUCUACCCGCCGCACCUUACCGACUACAGGAUCACUUGGAAGUGCGAGGAUUUCAACGACAACCAUGCCGAAUGUUUCACGCAACCCUUCCCAUCAUCACUGGCCAAGCGAAGCACCAGCACUCUGCGUUUCCUCACUUCUUCGCUGAACCCUAAUAUUAGUGCUUUCCUGUUCACUGCAAUGCUGACACUUGGGAAUGGCUCCUCUCGUGUUGCACAGCAAGUCCUGGAGGCAUCUACAGCAGGUCCUCGAUACCGACUCACUGAACUGAGCUGCCGGUCAUGUGGCUAUGGGAGACAAGUUCGAAGUCACAAAAGAGUGGUUCUCACAGCAUCGUGCGUGGACUGUGACACCAAGGAAGAGCUCGACUUUGAGUGGUCGCUGUGGCGCCUUGCAGACCAUGAAAUCCAUCACCAAGGUGAUGACCACUGUGACAGCGGAAGUGGCAAUAGUCGAAUAAAUUCAGACAACAGUGGAACUCAAACUGGUCGAAUUCCGCACCGCAGAGCACACGGCACUCAGCUCGGCCUAGGUCAAGCAAAUUCAGGAAGCCCAAUUCCACCAUUUCCAGAUUUUGCCAAUGGCACAGAAUCUACAAAAAAUGGCACCUAUACUACUUCAGUUCAUUUCGAAGCAAUUCCAAGCCAUCUUGUUGCCGACCUCGGAAACCGACAACAUUCUAAAGACCGGGAAAGGCACAGAAGAAUUGAUAGCAGGCUUGGUGUUGCAUCUGCAGAGAGUGCCAGGGGGCCAUUCUUCAGAAAAUUCUUCAGCCAUCCUCAAGAGAGAAUUGAAGUUGACAGCAUUGAGAGAUCGUUCCUCAAUCAUGGAUGGCUGAUCCUUAAACCAGGAACAUUGAUUGCCAGGUCUUCCUACUCAGUUCAUGUCAUAAUUCGCCAAAAAGGUUCCAGUGAGAUCAGGGGAGAAGCGAGAGAGAGAAUAACGGUUGGAGAAGGAAUCUCAGGAGGUCGGUGUGUUGUUGAGCCCCAGAACGGUGUCGCUCUGGAAACGCUCUUCACGGCAAACUGCUCUGGUUGGAAAGGCGGCCGAAAACCGUACACGUACAUCAUCAGCUACAGCCUGUCUCCUGGUGGCACCUGGCAACAACUGUAUCGCGGAUCUCAUUCCACCUCCUCAUUUUGGCUGCCUACUGGAAAGACCACACUGAGCAACAAUGUGUACGUCAGCAUGGUCGUGCAAGAUGGUGACGGCUUUCAGUCAUGCGUUCCACAGACCAGCAUGGUGAAAGUUCUGAAUGGCAAUCUCUUUGACAUCAAAAACAAAACUUUCCACCUUUUACCAAAGAUUACCCAGGUCUUUUACGAUCAGCAAUACCACACAGCAAUGAACAAGCUGCAAGUGCUUGUAAUUGUGCUCCAAAGUUUCGUGGUGUCUGCAAGCUACUUGCACACACACCAACUUGACUACUUGACAAACACCUGGCGAUUUGCUGUGCGAAUUCUUCGAAACUUGGAACCUUUUCCUGUUAACGUUGUGCAAGCUUUCAUUCAAACGUGGAAUGUCAUUGUGAAGCCACCAUUUCUGGGACAAGAGCAUGAUCUAAUUGCUGCAUCGCAGCUGCUUCGAUCCUUUGCUGAAGAUGUUCGGUCCAGGCGACAGGUCAAAAGCUUGGAAAGUGUAUUGCAAGAACUCGUCACAGCUCUGGGCCAUCUAAUAAAAUCGGCACAGAAACUGAAUCUCCUCACGUGGCACAUGUUCUGCGAACACAUUCACAACAUUGAAGGCAUGAUAAAGAACUUCAUUAGGGACAACUAUGUUCCUCAGGAGACGCUGCAUAUUUCCUCAGCCUGGCUUGAGCUCACCGUUUCUGUUGCUUCCACUGGUGGGCAAUGCUCUGCGACCUCAGAAACAACCAGUCGUCAUGAAAACUCUGGCACAAUAUUGCACGACCCCACUUUUGCAAUCAGUAUGGAUGCCGCUCAGAAGCAGCCUACAGAUUGCUUUACGUACAAGUUUCCUUUCCUGGCAUUUGGCAUUCCUCAAUCGUCACUAAAUCUCUGGCUGUCAAGUGUGGCAUCUACCUUUGCCAUAAACCCGAGUGCCACAAUUCCUGAGCAGGAAGCUCACGUAGUGAAUUUCACUCUUCAACAUGUGCAGCACAAAAAAGAAUUCCUCCUGAACCCUGGCACUGCUCAUGUGCACAAGCUUACUAAUGUCCAAGAUCUGUCCCAGUUUCACCUGUACGUAAGAGUGGAGGUGGGGCACUUUGCCGAUGGUCUUCAAGUGUACCUGAGUGAUGGCACUGAACAGCUGGGCUCAUCCCAUGGAAUCACAGUUCAUCGAAUGUCUCUUAUGACAGACCUUUAUGUUAACAAGGCAGCUUUGAAAGACUGCAAGGAUUGCCAUCUAACUGUUGUGCAAAUACCAGAACGCAUUGGCAAUUGGAAGUUAACUUAUGGUUCUUCAAGCUUGACAUAUCAACUGCAAGGCUUUGGGCAGCAGUGCUUGCAGUUCCACCCGGAAAACAAUGAGUGGAACAUGCACAGCUGCUCUGUGACUGGCGCAACAAAUGCAUAUUCCAUCGAAUGCAAAUGCAAAGGUGGACGCCCCAUCAUAUCAGGGAUCUGGCAUGCUCUCGAAACACAGCUCCAAGAACUGCCGGUGCACAAGAUAAUUGGGAAAGAGAUCAACUGGCUCGUUAUAUUAUUCUUGAUGGUGACUGCAGCAGCUUACGCCCUCGCAUCGGGCUGGUUAUGCUGUGGUGUUGAUGGUUCAAGAAAAGAAGUGCACGUAUUUUCACUGAAGACGGCACGACGGACUGCACGGCACCUGUACUUGAUCACCGUGCGAACUGGGCCUUACCUAAUGCGGGAACGUCAGCAGCGGUGUCAGUCAUACUUCAUGGAGAGGCAGGAGAUUCAGAAGUCAUAAGGCUUGCCGACAGCUGCCCAGUUUUUCGGAGAUGUUCCACAGUUGCCUUCUUGGCUGGCACAGACUUCACGCUGGGAAAUCUUGUGAGUGUGGAAGUCUGGCAUGACAACUCUGGAGAAUUUCCAUCUUGGUUCUUGGAGGAUAUCACUGCGGUUCACUGGAAUACACAAGAAUCUUGGCACUUCGUUUUCAAUGAGUGGUUUUCAGUGAACAGCGAGGAUGGAAGAAUCGAAAGGGAGGCAUUUGCUUCAAGACACAGUCCUCAUUUGCUAAUGGCACUGCAGCGCACGUUUGUGCGUGUACUCAAUGAGCACCACCUAUGGCACUCUGUUGUGACAAUGAACAGCUGCUCUUGCUUCUCUCGUGGCCAGCGGAUCUUACUGUGCUUUUCUACGGUGCUUCUUUCAAGCGCGGUUAGUGCGCUUCGGAUCUACUUUGCAGAUGAUGAGUCAGUUGCAACUGGUCCAUCGACAGUAUACAUUGUUGAAUCAGGCCUCAUUAGUCUGAUUACCCACUUCAUUCACCAAAUCUGCACAGCAAUCUUCAGAAACUGGAACUGUGUGGUGUUGCUGCGAAAUGUGUGGUCCAUGUUCAUAAUGCUGCUUUCCUGGAUUUCGUACACAAUGUUUCAUGGGGUAGUUCGAAGAGAUCAAACUCCCUCCAUCUCAUCAUCCUACAACAGCUUCCCAUCCAGUGACGGCCUUGACGCACUGUACGACAUAUACAGGAUGCAGGCGUAUGGCAAUCGAAGCAGGGUUGGUGGCCGGCCUUUCACUUGUCACAGCUCAACCAAGAAGAGGUCAGCUUCAGUUACAGUACUGGUGGUUCUCCUCAGCUGAGAGAUGGUCAGUUGCACCAAGAAGAAAGUGGGCCUGCCCUUAACACGGAAGAAUCUGAUGAACAUGGAGCAGUGGGUGG